AUGCACGCGGGGCUCCUGGUGUUCUCCGCCCUGCUGCAGGCGGCCGAGCAGAGCGCGCGCCUCUGCUCAGCGGGUUACUACUUCACCACAGGACGGCUUCUGUGGGGCUGGCUGGCCCUUUCUGUCCUCCUGCCUGGCUUUGUGGUCCAGGGCCUGAGCUAUCUGUGGUUCCGGGCAGAUGGGCAUCAGGAAAAUUGCUCGUUGGUGAUACUGCACCUCCUACAGCUUGGCGUUUGGAAACGGCACUGGGACGCUGCAUCGACUGCUCUGUCCAGGGAACAGGAGGCUCCCCACCAGGGCCAGCUGCAGCUACAGGAGGCUGACCUGUCAGCCCUCCGCCUCCUGGAGGCCCUGCUGCAGACCGGGCCCCAUGUGCUGCUGCAGACAUAUAUUUUUCUAGCCUCAGACCUCACAGAUAUUGUGCCAGGGGUUAGCGCCCUGCUCUCCUGGUCCUCGUUGUCCUGGGCCCUGGUGUCCUAUGCCCAUUUCCUGGGCUUCAUGAAGCUGGGCCACCUUGCUGUGCCCUGGGCUGCCCUCCUCUGCCAGCAGCUCUGGAGGAUGGGCAUGUUGGGAACCCGCAUCCUGAGUCUGGUCCUGUUUUGCAAAGCUUACCACGUUUGGGUGUUGGUUGUUGGAGGUGCCCACUGGCUGGUGAUGACAUUCUGGCUCGUAGCCCAGCAGAGUGACAUCAUUGACAGUACCUGCCACUGGAGGCUAUUCAACCUGCUCGUGGGGGCCGUGUACAUCCUCUGCUACCUCAACUUCUGGGACAGCCCCUCCAGAAGCAGGAUGGUCACGUUCUACAUGGUAACGCUGCUGGAGAAUGUCAUCCUUUUGCUCUUGGCCACUGACUUCCUCCAGGGGGCAUCGUGGACCAGCCUUUGGACCAUUGUGGGGGUCUUGUCUGGAUUUCUGAUUGGCAGUGUCUCGCUGGUAAUUUAUUACAGCCUGCUACAUCCAAAGUCCACAGACAUCUGGCAGGGCUUCAUAAGGAAGUCCUGUGGCAUUGCAGGUGGUGAUAAAACAGAGAGAGAAUCUUCUCCCCAGGCUGUGGCUCUACCUGGGGAGAGGCCCGAAUGCUCAGGCUCGUGCCAAAAGGAAAGUUAUGAGAUAACAAGUCUGGAGGAGCCCCCCAGCCCAGAGCAGGGCCCUACAGAGGCUAGUCUGGGGACCCAGAUUCCUGGGGGAGACUCUUUCCUCAGCCACCACCACUGGCUGUUGGUGAAACUUGCCUUAAAAACAGGAAACAUGUCUAAGAUCAAUGCAGUCUUUGGAGAAGACAGUCCUGGCUGUCCUUGCCCUCCUGUGUGGGGGUUGAGUCAACACCACAGCCUGCCAGGGAAGCUCCUGUUUCCCCAACAAGAGCCCCAACUCUCACCCUGUGGCCCCCACAGAUCAGAGAAAGGCUCUGAGUUUGAAGGUGUCCCUAAAGCAGAGGCUGACCCAUUGGAAACCUCAAGUUAUGUCUCUUUUGCCAGCGAUUAUCAGGACAAAGCACCUACCCAGAAGCCACUGGCUACACAGGGAAAGGGUAGCCCAGAGGAAGAUGCUGAGUCUGCCCCUGGGGCACAGGGGAGGGGUGAGGGUGGGCAGCUGAGAGGAGGGGAAGGACAGGAGAGCUCCACGCUGUACUUCAGUGCCACUGCAGAAGGGGCCACAUCCUCACCCCAGGAAGGCAGCCCAGUGACUCCACAGAUGUCCUGCUCUGGGAGGAGAUUGGGAAGGAGCAGCCCUGGCCAGCCCACCUUACCCCAGCCAGCUGCUAAGCCCUUUCCCCUCACCAUGGCUGACAUUAGCCCCAUCCUAGGCAUGGGCCCAUGCAGAAGCUUCUGCCCUGGUGCAGGCUUCCCCAGAAGAUCCUUGGGUAGCUCAGAGCUUGGGGAGUGGCAGGAGCCUACAAGGGACCUAAAUCUUGCUGCUACAGGCAUACAGAUGUCAUUCCCCAAAAUAAGCCUGAGACCUGCCAAUGAGCCAUGCCUCACAUCCACCCCUAAGUCUGAGUCGCUCCAAGGGGACAACAGCUUCAGUGAAAGAGUGAGGCAUGAGACGAGCUUUUUCAUCUGA